AUGCCGUACAAAUCUCGCUGGAACGUCCCCAUCCCGGACUGCUCACUAACAACAUUCCUCUUCGGCUCAUCCGCCAACCUUCCCCAUGACCCAACAUCACCCAACAAGAUGUGCUUCGCCGAAGCAGAACGACCCGACACGCACUACUUCACCCGCGCAGACUUCCAACUAUGGAGCCAACGUUUCGGCCUCGGCCUGACCAAAUCCGGCCUUUUCAAGCCAGGCGACCGCCUCCUCCUCUUCAGCCCCAACGACCUCUUCGUUCCCGUCGUCUUCAUGGGCACGCUCAUGGCCGGUGGGAUCUACACCGGCGCCAACCCGACUUUCACCCCACGCGAGCUCGCCCACCAGCUCAAGGACUGUAGCGCCAGCAUCCUCAUCUGCCACCACGACUCCAUCGCCACAGGGGUCGAAGCCGCAAAGCAAGCCAACCUCUCCCUCGAUCGCGUCUUCGUCUUCAACAACGAGAUUUACGACAACAAAGGCAACCCCAGCCACGGCGCGCGCUACUGGUCCACUCUGAUGGCCCCGAAAUCCGACGAAGCGCGCAAAUUCGCCUGGCCCGACCUCUCCGGCCCCAACGAGGCCAAAACCACCACCCUCGCCCUCAACUACUCCUCCGGCACAACCGGCGUGCCCAAGGGCGUGGAGAUCACCCACAGAAACUACGUCUCCAAUACUCUGCAGUCCGCUCAGAUCACCGAGAACCACCCUAACUAUGCUGAGAAACGGAAGCAUCAUGUCUCAUUGGGGUACCUGCCCCUGUACCAUGCGUACGGCCAGAACGUGCUGAUUGCGGGCAAUUUCAACCACGAGAAGCCGACUUACGUUAUGGCGAAAUUUGAUUUCCUCAAGAUGCUUGAAUAUAUCCCGAAAUACAAAGUCACGGACCUGAAUCUAGUGCCGCCGAUGGCGGUCGCGUUGGCGAAGCACCCAGAUGUGUUGAAGUAUGACCUGCGUAGUGUGGAAUUAAUCGGGUGUGGCGCGGCGCCGUUGGGCAGGGACGUGGCGGCGCAGGUCGAGGCGAGGUUCAACUCGCAAAGGGAGGACGAGCCGGAUCGUAAGGUGAAUCUACGGCAGGGAUGGGGGAUGACUGAAUGCACCUGCUCCCUCCUCGGCUGGGACAUUAACAAAUUCGCCGACUCCGCCGCCGUCGGCGAGCCAAACGCAAACUGCGAAGCCAUGAUUGUCGACGAGGAAACCAGCAAGGAGAUCACCGCUCGUGGACCCGAUAACCGAGGCGAGCUGUGGUGUCGUGCGCCGAAUGUCAUGAAGGGGUACUGGCAUAAUAAGAAGGCUACGGAGGAGACGUUGACGGCGGAUGGGUGGUUGAAGACUGGCGAUAUUGCUUAUGUGGACGAAGCAGGAAUGUUCCACAUAGUCGACCGCCGCAAAGAGCUCAUCAAAGUCAAGGGCAACCAAGUCGCGCCCGCAGAACUCGAAGCCCUUCUCCUCGAACACCCAGCCAUCGCGGACGUCGCCGUCAUCGGUAUGCCUACGCCCGACGGAGACGAGGCGCCGCGGGCGUUUGUGGUGCGCCAGCCAACCGAGGCAGGGAAGAAGGUGACGCAGGAGGAAGUGGUCAAGUUUGUGGAGGGGAAGGUGGUGCAUUAUAAAAGGCUGAAGGGCGGGGUGACGUGGUUGGAUGUUGUGCCGAAGAAUCCAAGUGGGAAGAUUUUGAGGAGGGAGUUGCGGGAUCGGUAUAAGGUUGGGAAGGAGGGAGCGAGGUUGUGA